AGCAUACAGGUUUCAGUGAUCCGAGAGCCGCGGAAACAGCUCGUCUCGUGGUGUUCUUAUCCCCGCUGCCCCAAGCGGUCAUUUCUUAGGUUACCUGUUUAAGCACCUUCAGAUCAAGGGUAAGGUUCCGUUCUGAUACCAAAAUGCAGUAUUCACACCACUGCGAGCACCUUCUAGAGAGACUGAACAAACAACGGGAAGCAGGGUUUCUCUGCGACUGUACCGUAGUGAUCGGAGAAUCCCAGUUUAAGGCGCACAGGAAUGUGCUGGCCUCCUUCAGUGAGUAUUUUGGUGCGAUCUACAGAAGCAGUUCUGAGAACAAUGUUUUCCUUGACCAGAGUCAGGUGAAGGCUGACGGAUUUCAGAAACUGUUGGAGUUUAUAUAUACAGGAACUUUAAAUCUCGACAGUUGGAAUGUUAAAGAAAUUCAUCAGGCUGCUGACUAUCUCAAAGUAGAAGAGGUAGUGACUAAAUGUAAAAUAAAGAUGGAAGAUUUUGCUUUUAUUGCUAGUCCCUCUUCUACAGAAAUAUCUAGUAUUACUGGAAACAUCGAAUUGAAUCAACAGACCUGUCUCCUUACUCUUCGAGAUUAUAACAAUCGGGAGAAGUCAGAAGUGUCCACAGACUUAGUCCAGGCAAAUCCUAAACAGCGGGCAUUGGCGAAGAAAUCGUCUCAGAGUAAAAAGAAGAAGAAGGCUUUCAGUUCCCAGAAACCAGGGCAGAAUAAAUCAGUGCAGUGCCCCAGUGAUGUUUUAGAGAGUGCGUCUGUUGAAUUAUUCCUGGAUACAAAUAAGUUGUCCUCACCUGUAGUAGAACAAGUCAUCCAAGGAAAUGAUAAUUCAGAACUUGAGUUGACCUCAGUUAUGGAAAAUACCUUUCCAGCACAAGAUAUUGUGCAAACUGUUACAGUCAAACGGAAACGUGGCAAGUCACAGUCACACUGUGCUCUGAAAGAACACUCCAUGUCUAACAUAGCCAGUGUAAAGAGUCCCUAUGAGCUGGAGCCCGCUGGGGAAGAGCUGGACCCACGGUACUCAAAGGCCAAGCCAGUGUGUAACACGUGUGGGAAGGUGUUUUCAGAAGCCAGCAGCUUGAGAAGGCACAUGAGAAUACAUAAAGGAGUCAAGCCCUAUGUCUGCCACUUGUGUGGAAAGGCGUUUACCCAGUGUAACCAGCUGAAAACACAUGUAAGAACCCAUACAGGGGAAAGGCCGUACAAAUGUGAACUGUGUGAUAAAGGAUUUGCUCAGAAAUGCCAGCUGGUCUUCCACAGUCGCAUGCAUCAUGGUGAGGAAAAACCCUAUAAAUGUGAUGUGUGCAAUUUACAGUUUGCAACUUCUAGCAAUCUCAAGAUUCAUGCAAGGAAGCACAGUGGAGAGAAGCCAUAUGUUUGUGAUAGAUGUGGGCAGAGAUUCGCCCAGGCCAGCACACUGACAUAUCAUGUCCGUAGGCAUACUGGAGAAAAGCCUUAUGUGUGUGACACCUGUGGAAAGGCCUUUGCUGUCUCUAGUUCUCUUAUCACUCAUUCUCGGAAGCAUACAGGUGAAAAACCAUACAUAUGUGGUAUUUGUGGGAAAAGUUUUAUUUCCUCAGGAGAGCUCAACAAACACUUUCGAUCCCAUACAGGAGAACGACCAUUUAUCUGUGAAUUGUGUGGAAAUUCUUACACAGACAUUAAAAAUUUGAAGAAGCAUAAAACAAAGGUCCAUUCUGGUACAGAUAAAACGCCAGACUGCAGUGCAGAUGACCAUGCUUUAAGUGAACAAGAUCCCACACAAAGAAGUCCUCUGUCAGAGACUCUAGACGUGAAGCCUUCUGACAUGACACUACCCCUAGCGCUUCCACUUGGAACUGAAGAGCAUAUGCUCCUGCCUGUCACCGAGAGUCAGUCUCCCACGUCAGACACACUGUUGCGGUCAACUGUGAAUGGAUAUUCAGAGCCACAGUUGAUUUUUUUACAACAGUUAUAUUGACUUUGAGGACAUGGAAUUGCUAAGACGCCCAUAGUAGUAAGCAUAAACAUCUCUGGUAAGAAGCAUAUUCAUAUUAAUCCCCAUUCGUUUGGGCUGUGUGACCAUUAGUUUUCAUUCAUGGAAGUAAAAGCACCUAACCCUGCUCCUAUCAGUGCUCAUUCUGACUUUGGAUUUCAUUGUAAACAGCCUUUCAAAGAGUGACUUCUGCUAUGGCAGCACUGUUUUGGGUGGGUAAGUUCCAGACACUGUUAAAGCGGCCUUAAUUCCAUUUUUAUUUUGCAUUUUAGACUUCUUUGUUCCUGAGGUAAAAUCUGACCUGUGGAUCUUUUUUAUUGUUGUUCUCUCCUAAGUGCAAAAUCUACAAUAAUACCAACUUCAAAGUGUUUCUGUUUGUAAACCCUGGGGAGCAGUGUGUAAACUGUUGGGGGCGUUAAAUUUCAUAUUUAUUCCUAUGAAAAUUUAGAUACUAAGGAUGAAUUGUGCUAUUUAUUAAUAUAUUCCUUUAGAGGUAACUUUUCUAAUGAAGCCAAAAGAAGUAUUUCUCUUAAGACUCAGAAAAAUGUUUGUAAAUUUUUGUUCAUUUAGAAUGAACUCAGUAUUCUGGAGAAAAACAAUAGUCAAAUCAAUUUCUGUUUUGAGUUGAGACUAUAUUUUUUUAAAUAGAUAUUUGGUGUUUUUAAGUGGUCAAAAGACAGUUUUGAAAUUUGAUUCAUUUUAUAUUUUAUUAGAUUUGUAGAUUAUUGGAAGUGAAAUAUAACAAGUUUGAAAAUUUUUGAUAAGCCUACCUUUUAUCAGUUAUGCACUUUUUAAAAUAAAUGUUCUAAAAAGAAUUUUCUAGAUAUAAAAAAUACUAGAAAUCGCUUGGCUUCUGAAUUUGAUAUAUUACAUAAAAAAAUCAAGAAACUUGAGUAGCUUGCUUAAAGCAACACACACACACAAAUAGAAUUACUAUUCUAACUUUAAUUAUAAGCUACACUUUUUGAUUGUCAGUUUAUUUACCAUUUUAUAUUUGAGUUUUCUAUAAAUAUGGGUUUUUAAAUUUUAUAAAUUAAACUACAACUUUUGGUUGUUGGCUGUAGCUUCAUAGUGGAUCUUUCUAUCCCAGGUGAACAUAGAGAAUUCAGUGUCACCCCAUCCCAAAUGCUUGCUGCCAUUUUUUUCCAUCUCACCAUUCCCAAAUAUUAAAUUAUUUCACUGCCUCACUUUUACAUUUUACAUUAUCAGAUUCAGAGAGUCAGUUUCCAUAGUACAUGAUAAAAGUCAUGGUGACUAUUUCUUAUUUAUGCCACGAUUAGUUUAUUUGUUUUCAUAAUUUAAACUACACUGAAAUAAAUUCAAUGUGUUUACUGAUACUGAAUUAUUUAUAGUCAUAAUUACUUGUUUGGGUCCAAGUUUCUUAUUAUGAGAAGACAUAAUAAGAACACUCAAUUCUUACAGACUGAAGUAAUGACACCAUUUCUUAGAACACAUAGCAUUUUCACAAUAAAUUACCACCAGUGAAACUGACUUAACUGGAGAGAUUAUAAAAUACCACCUUUGUAUAAUAAACUUAUUAUUUAGCUAAGAAAUGUGUAUAUGUUAUAUGACCAUACUGAGUUUGAAUAAAAUUUGUAAGGUUAUAAAACGUUCAGCUAAUAUAUCCUGGUUUAAGAUCAAUAAAAAAUUAUUGGAAUAUAACAAAACGAAGGAAAAUUAAGAGUCAACCCUUUUUAACAAGUUUGCCAAAGUGAAGAGAUUAUGUUUAAUUCACAUCUUCAUUAAUCCAUUGUAGUUGGCUUUUUCCUUGGGCCUUCAACCAGCUCCCAAAUAAAGACAAUAGGAGUUAUUGUUAGCUAUGAAUGCUCGGCCUUAGCUUAUAAAGACAAUAGGACUUAUUGUUAGCUAUGAAUGCUCAGCCUCAGCUUAUACUUGUCCCACCAGCUCUUUUAACUUAAUUUUACCUGUUUCUGUUCAACUAUGUUUUGCCUUCGGCUUUUUACUUUUCUUUCAUUCUGUAUGUUCUACUUUCCUGUUUCCUCCAUGUCUGUCUGUCUGUCUGUCUAGCCCCUGGCAUCUUCCUGGCAUCUCCCCCUCCCCCCAGCCUAAAUUCCUAUUCCUACUUCCUCUCCUUGCCAGAAGUCCUAUACCUCCUCCCUCACUAUUGGCAGUUCAGCUUUUUACUAGACCAGUUAGGUGCCUUAGGCAGGCAAGGUAAAAUUUUUGCAUAGUUAAACAAAUAUUCUGCAACAUCCAGUGAACAUUUUUUUCUGUAAGUGCUAUAGUUAGGUGAGCAUCGUAGCACAUAUCUGUAAUCACAGCAUUUUGGAAAGCUGAGGCAAGAAGAUUAAAAAAAAUCCUUAAACUGCUAUGAUGAUGUCAUAGUUAUGAGGGCAAAAAUUGCCCAGUUUCCUCAAAUUAUCUUUUGAAAUUUUGAGAUAGUCUCACUUCAUAGCCCAGACUGCCCUAGGACUUCAGUCUAACCUGAGGUGUCAUCAUACUGAAACUUCUCGCUCAUCAUCCUCCAGACAUGCAAUAAAUAGCUAAUUUGGUGAUUAGCAUUUUGAAAGCUUCCAAAUUUGUUGUUUUCAAUACUAUUUCAUAUAAUUGCAAUAUGGAAUAGGUAAGGUUGUGUUUUUAAUUUGUAUUAAUUUAAUAUGCAUAUGUAAAAUUAUUUUCAGUUAAUGUGGCUUUAGUUAUCAUUUGCUCCUCCAGAAUUACCUGUGAAGAAAGCUUAAAGACUUGAGUAUCCUCUCUGACCAUUUUUUAAUACUUCACUGUUGCUUAUUUAACCCUGUGUGUAUUUUAGUUGUAUCUGGUCAUCAUUCUAACACAAAGAAUCACUGGGGUUGCUUCUUUAUUUUGCUGUGACACAGUGUUUUGGGAAAGAUUUUUAGUAUUAUAGAAUAUGCUGAAUAUCUUAGAAACUAUUUUCUAACUUUGUUUUGUAUUUGUAUUAUUUUGCUCUAAUGCUAGCUUUUAGACUUUUUAGAAAAAAGAAAUUAUAGAAUAUACAUUAAAUGAAUUUGGCUGUUGAAUAAUCUUCAUAUUUAAUUCCAUGGAUCAUUUCAGUAGACAAUUUUAGAAAGCUUUUUCAUCAGUGAAAAUUCUAUCAGUUCAUUGCAAAGUUUGUCAUUUCUGCACAUUUUAAUCCUACAGAAAUGGCACUAGCAGGGCAGUUAAAGCAGGUAGUUAAUUAUAUACACUAAUUUUUAAAAUGUCCUAGGCCAAUAGUUGUAAUGCCUUUACUCCUAUCAGAAUGGAGUUGAAGAAUAAUGAUAUCCAUACCCUAUUCAACUUAAUAUACCAAGUCAGACGAUGCUGAGGCAGUUGUAUGGUAGAAGAGCCCUACAGCUGACCUCAACAUGUACCAAACAUUAAGAACUGUCAUCCUAAGCACUUCUUGGUGCUCUGUCUUUGAGAAGCAGUUAAACAAUGGAAUUCUUGAAUAUAGUUUUCUAUCUUUUACCUGGAGAUUUUAGUCUAUUAUUUGGCUAGAAAUACCACCAAAUAGAAAGAUUAAAGUCUGCACUUCUCACUCAGUAUUUUGAAUAACAAUGAAAUUGAGUGAUUGGAACAUUGAUUUGUUUCUUUUUGUUUUCAGACAAGGUUUUGCUAUGUGUUACUGUGUUGAGACUGAAUAUAUUAAAUAGUCCAGAUCAGCCUGGAAUUCACAGCAA